AUGGUCGAAUCAGCCUUUUCCGUACUACUCAAAGCGGGAAUGGAAAAUGAUUGGGCAGAUCAGGGUGCGGCGCAUCCUGGCCUCGACGAUGACGCAUUCUCGAGCGAGCUCUCGAUGCUAAAUGCACAUGAGCACGAAAUAUACAAUGGUGACGCUCGCUCAGGCACAGCAGGGCGGAAGAAACACGAAGCUGCAAUUUUCCAAACAAUUCUGAUCAGCCGCUAG